UUGAUGUUUGUCUUACUUCAUUUUAUCUCUCUUUCCUUUCUCCAUAAAGUCAGGCCACUCCCUUACUUGCCCUAAUAACAACUAUCUCUCACUUUCCCACUAAAAUCUCAAAUUCCUUAUCAUGUCCGAGGGUAUGACCGUGUCUGACCCAACAGCCCCUAUCGGACCUUCCGUCGUGUCCGACGCCAUCAUCCAUCACACCCCUUCUUCGUCUCAUUCAUACGAUGUAUUUGUGAGCUUCCGUGGUGAAGACACGCGCAACAACUUCACUAGUUUUCUCUUUGGAGAUCUCCAUCGAGCAGGCAUUGUUGCCUUCAGAGAUGACGAAUGUAUCAAAAAAGGUGAUUUCAUAGCACCCGAGCUUCUACAAGCCAUUCAGGGCUCUCGACUUUUCGUUGUUGUCUUAUCAAAGAACUAUGCUUCCUCCACUUGGUGCUUACGUGAACUCGUAGAGAUAUUUAAUUGCUGUGAAACUUCACCAAGACCUGUUAUACCUAUAUUUUAUGAUGUUGAGCCUACGACGGUGCGCAACCAGAAAGGAUGUUAUGAGAAAGCAUUUGCAGAACACGAAAACAGAUUCAGAGAAGACAAGGUAAAGAUGGAGGAAGUUCAAAGAUGGAAAGAAGCUCUCAGAAAACUGGCCAAUAUCUCUGGUUCGGAUAUCGGAAAUAAGCCACAAAAUGAACAGAUUGAAAAAAUUGUUCAAGAGAUAAUAAAUAAUUUGAGACCAAAAUUUUUAAAUCUUCCAAGGGAUCAACUAGUUGGGAUAGAGGAUCGAGUUCAAGACUUAGGAAAUAUUUUGCGUUUCGACCUCAAUGAUGUUCGAGUUGUCGGAAUAAGUGGGAUGGGUGGCAUAGGAAAGACAACUCUUGCUCGGGCUUUAUACGAAAGAAUUUGUCAUCAAUAUAAAUAUCGUUGUUUUAUUGACGAUGUAAGCAAAAUAUUUCUAGAUUCUCGUUCGAUGGGCUUACAAAAGCAAUUAAUUUCUCAGACUCUAAAUGAGAAAAGUGUAAAGAUUUGCAAUGUUACUGAGGGAACAUGUUUGGUGCAGUCCAAACUGAACAAUGCUAAGGCACUCAUAGUUUUUGACAACGUUGAUCAAGUUCAACAACUGAGGAUAUUUAGCGGAAAUAGAGACAAUUUGUUGCGAGAAUGCUUAGGUGGAGGGAGCAGAAUCAUCAUAGUUUCUAGGGAUGAACAAAUAUUGAAGAUACACGGAGUGGAUGAUAUUUAUCAAGUUGGACCGUUGGAACGGAAUGAUGCUAUCCAACUAUUUUGUAGAAAUGCUUUCAAAGUUAAUUACAUUUUGAGCGAUUAUGAAAAGUUGGCAGAUAAGAUACUAUCACAUGUUGAAGGCCAUCCCUUGGCAAUUGAAACAAUUGGAUCAUCUUUGUUUGGCCGAAGUUUGUCACAAUGGAAAAGUGUAUUGGAAGGGCUGAAAGAAAAUAAAAGUAAAAAUAUUAUGGAUAUUUUGCGCAUAAGUUAUAUUCAACUGGAAGAAAAAUACAAACAAACUUUUUUAGAUAUUGCUUGCUUCUUCAAUUCUUAUGAUGAAGAAUGUGUGAAGGAAAUUCUAAAUUUCCGUGGAUUUCAUCCUGAAGAUAGCAUACAAGUUCUCAUUGAUAAAUCACUCAUUACCAGAGAUUUCUAUGAUGGGAUGACAAUAAAAAUGCAUAGCUUGCUAGUGGAUUUGGGCAGGUGUAUUGUUCGGGAAGUAUCACCUAAAGAGCCUAUAAAGUGGAGUAGGUUGUGGACACGCAAAGAUCUCCAUGAUGCUAUGUCAGAGAACGAGGCAACUCGAAACCUUGAGGCAAUAGUUCUUGAAGAUGACCAGGAGAGGGAUGAUGUUGAAAUCCCAGAUGAAACAAUCAAGGCGGAUGGUUUAUCAAAAAUUAAACACCUGAAAUUGCUUUCUGUUCGGUACGUGAACUUUUCGGGAAGUCUCAGUCAUCUUUCGAAUGAGCUAGGAUAUCUUGUUUGGUACGAAUAUCCGUUUGAGUGUUUGCCUCAAAGUUUUCAGCCACACAAACUAGUUGAGUUAAGUCUGAAUGGGAGAAGUAUUCAACGACUGUGGGAAGGCACAAAGCCGUUACCCAAUUUGAAGCGUUUGGAUCUCGCUUUUUGCGAAAGUUUAGUUGAGAUGCCAGAUGUAGCAGAGGCCCUAAAUCUUGAAUGGAUAAAUCUUGAAGGAUGCGUAAAGCUCCAAAAACUCAAUCCAUCGAUUGGGAGUCUGAGAAAGCUUGUUCUUUUGAAUUUGAGACACUGCAAAAAACUAGUAAUCUUAUCCAAUACUAUAUUGGGCCUGAGUUCUAUUAAAUAUCUGGAUGUCUGUGGUUGUUCAAUAAUAGAUAGUAUUUGUUUACUAGAUGAAACAAGGAACACAGAGCCCUCCUCUCCUCUCUCUUAUUUGUGUGAACUCGAUCUAAGCUUCUGUAACUUAGUUGAAAUUCCUGAUUACAUUGGAAAGUUACGUUGCUUAGAGAGCCUAAAUUUAGAGGGAAACAAUUUUGUUAAAUUGCCUAACCUCAAGGACCUUUUGAGACUGUAUUAUUUAAACUUACAGGAUUGCAAGCUAUUGAAAUACUUGCCUGAUCUCCCUUCACGAACUGUCUUGCCCUUAGAACCUUCCACGCUGUCGAGAUUCUCAUCUUCAAUACUUGGUUGGCCUGAUUUAUUAUUCAGUUCGAAUAGAACAGGAUUAAUCAUUAUCGGCUGCCCAGAAUUAGUUGAGAUUGAACAGUGCACUACAAAGAGUUUUUCAUGGGCAAUUCAAAUUCUUGAGGCGACCUACCACCACGGGACCGACAAAUGUCUAUUCCCAGAAAGUAUCAUACCUGGAAGUCAAAUACCGAGCUUGUUCAACAAUGAGUUUGUGAACGUGGACAUAGAAUACCUGGACAAAGAAAACGUAACCGUUGAUCCACCUCCCGUUCCGCAUGACAAUAAUUUUAUUGGUGUUUUGUGUUGCGUAAUAUUUCGUCUAGACCAUAAACAAAAUCCAAUGAAUUUUAGAAGAGAUCACAUGUGGUUACAUUAUGAAAACGUUUCUAUUCAUAUUCAUCCUUAUCCUCCUUUCCUUUUGAGGUCGAUUAUCUCAUUGUUGGGUUACAAGGGUUUUGUUACGGUGGAUGUGAAGAAAGUUCAGUAUCGCUGGGUAAAUGAACAAGACCUAAUUAACCUCAAAAUGACGCAUUGUGCAAAUUUGACAGCUCGGAAGCGCAAGAUUUCCGUAAUUGAGGAAAACGGUUAGGUACCGUAUUUAAGUUGCAACCCAUCAUAAUGAAGAAUUGAAGACUUUAUUGAACGUGGAAUGUGGAAGUAUGAUUUGCUACCAUCUAACCAGAGAGGCACAGUAGAAGCAGAAGUAGCACUGAGUUCAAAUUUUCCUUGAAUGGAAAAUGAUACUUUAACUACCAGUUUAACAACAUUUUAUGUCAGUGAUCCACAUGGAAAUUAAAUUAGAAAAAAAAAAUGACGUGGAAAGAAAAAUGGUGACAGAGUUUCAAGUAUUAGGGUUUCAUUUGUCAUUUAAAAUUGGAUUAUGAGACAACCUUAUAAAGAGAACCCUAGAGAAAAGGACUUCCUCUCACCAGUGCCGCUCACCGGGUGAACAUUGUUCGACCUUUGAAGAUUUGAUUGCAAUGACCACCUAAAAAGUGAGCGUUUUCACCGUUUCGUAGUCGUUUGACAGUUCAUUUGGAACUCUUUAGUUGUUGUUCGUGUCAUGGAGGAACUUGGUGAAGCUUCUCAUACGAGGAAGAAGGUGUGUUCUUAGUCACCCUGAUGUUGUUGCCCUUGAAGAAUGGAUUAGCACAAAAGGUUUUUUCUCUAAGGAAAGCUUUAUCCCAAAAUUGCAUAUUCCAUGUGAUGAAGAAAUUCAUUUUGCAAAUGAGCUAAUAGACAUUAACUUCCAGUGAGCUUUGGAUGAUCAGUUGAAAAUAUGUCAGUCUAAAAUCCAUGCAGACCAAGGGAUGGGAAAGAGCACUUGAAAGUGACUCUUCUACGUAUUGAAUCAACAUUGCAAGGACUUUUUUCAUGUUUGCCUGACUUUGUUCCAAACUCUAGAAAUGGAAUGAAUGAAGAUUCAAAGAAUCUAUUUUUAAUUGUUGGGGCAACAGGUUGUACUGUUGGCAGUAUUGCUAUGAGAGAAAAGACUGUUGAGAUUAUACAUAUAGCCUGCAAAGAUAUGUCCAUGGAGAAAAAAAAUCAGAUGACAACAUUCUGUUGAUACUAAUUAUUCGCAUCAUUGAUGCUUUAGGAAACUAUGAGUUUGGAAUUUGUUGAUCAACACUACUUUGGCUUGCAAUAAUUCGGUUUGGUCUUGUCAUCAUUUUGUGACAUCAAACUCAAGGUACAAUAGUCAGGUAACAAAAUUCUCAAGGGUGUUAAAUUGGAUUGAUAUCAAUAUUGGUGAGAAUUUCAUCAGAAGUGUUUUGGCUAAGGUGGUUGUUGUUGAUGUUGGGGUCUCCAAAGAAGGGCUUUCUUAUGUUAUGGUGAAAGAAGUAGUUCAAAAAUAUGGUGUACAAUUUAAGAAGCAAAAUACAGUACAGAAGUAGUAUUCAUAAUGUAAGAAAGUUGCUUGAAGAGAAACAUGAAAAUCUGGGUACAAAAGGUGUGGACAAAGCGUUUUAUGAAAAUGAAGAUCCUUGUCAAAGUAUGUCGAUUCAACAUGAUUACCAAAGUUCGGGGUUUGAAGGUCACAUUGAAAUGAAGGAAAACACAGCUAUAAAAAAGAAGGGCAUUACCGAAGGUCAUAAUCUCUCAAAAAUAGCCAAAAACCGUCGAUAAUGACCUUUUACCGACGGUUUAUUGACGGUCAGAUUACCGUCGGUAAAUCCCUUGUCGUUAACAUUUAUCGACGGUCUUUGCCCCUAAGCCUUCGGUAAUUACUAAAGGACAAAAGCCUGUGCUGAAAAAAAAGUAUAAACUCAAUCUAGAACCAUGGAUCUAGCAACAAACUUACAUUUUAAAUGUUACUUACUAACAACCAUGUCUACACUCCAUUCAUACAAAUGACGAUCCAUUCCCAUUUUUCAAUAACUUUAAUUAGAAGAGAAUAUUGAAGGCAAACCUCCGGGGCCAUCUAGAAUGUUGUUCCCUUGCAUGAUUUAACAUCAUUCAAUUUGAUUUCCUGAAAAACAAUAAGAAUAACACAAUAUUAGAAAAUGGAAAGAUAAACAACAGAAGAUUGUUCAUAAAUGAAAGCUCGAUAGGAACAAAGCCAAGUCAUGAACUGAGAGCUACCUUCGCUAAUCCAAAAUCUGAAGCUUUCGCAUCCACCAAUAUAUUUGCACAUUUAAUAUCCCUAUAAUCAAUGGAAAUAAUUAGGUAAUAUAUACAAAGAUUUUUCAUGACAUUACAUUAAUGAAAUAGAAAUACAGAAAACAAAGUUAUAGAAAAUAUGAGCAUACUGCAGAACCCCCAGAAAAGAAAACACUGAUAGUUAAAUUUCCAAUACCAAACCCAUAUGUGACAUGUACACAUUCAACCUCUCGAUCUUAAUCUUGUGCAAUAUCGAUUUCUGAUAUAAUAUAUAAACAUCCAUCCUUAAAAGCUACUCCACAACAAAAAUAUCAAGAUACAUAAUGGCACUAAAUGGUGUUAAUUUGAGGCAAGAAAAGAAUAGACAUGACAAUAGUUGGGUGAGAAAUACUCUCAUUUUUCAUUAAGGGGGUAUAAAUUGUCAUGUAUAUAUUCUAAGGGAUAUAUCUCUAGUAGAGAUUUCUCGAAGAGUAUAUCUCUGGAUAUUUCUAAGGGAUCCUUUAGUUACAAGCUCAAUAAAGAUAUACAGAUUUGAUGCGUCCUGCAAUAGAAAACAUAGUUUAAAUUACAAAUACAGAUUUCACUAGCCAUCAUAUAGAAUCAAAUAUAAUUAAUCAACUCUCAAAAAUAUAUUGUACGGAUAAGUAAAUUGAGAAAGAAAUCUAGAAGAAAAAUAUUGACAUGAGGUUAAUAAACUGAUAAAGUUAAUCAACUCUCAAAAAUAUAUUGUACGUCAUUGCAAAAGAUAGCACUAUAUUUGGGUAAGAGAACCUUUUUCAUUUCAGCAAAGGAUUUUCAUUAAUGGAAAAUGAUUGAGGUCAUUUGAUUCAACAAAAUGUUUUAAGUUUUCAUUUUCUUUCCUAUUGUCAAAGUUUGUACAGGAAACAAUGUAAACAGAUAACAAUUAAAUGUUGCUUCCACUUUCAUAUCGCAACUUUUGGAAAGAAUAAACAAAAUGAAAACAAGGUGUUACUUUGUAAUUAAAAGUGAAAGAACUAAACAAAAAUAAGAAACAUUUUUCACAAACCAAAGCAAUAUAGAGAAGAGAGAAAUCCCUUCUCACUUGUUCCAAUUGAUAUACAUUUUGCCUUCCCUGAUUCCCCUAAUCAAGUAGUGAAACUUGUUUUACAUCAAAAAAGAAUCCAUCUCUGCAGUGGAAAUCAGAACAUAUAAACAAAUUAACAAAAGGAAUGCACGAGCAGUUAACACUUAAGUAACUUCUAAAAGACACCAUAAUGGGAUCAAAUAUCAAACCCUAUGAACUUCAAUUAAUUUAGAGUUUUGCAAUAGGUGCUUUGCUGGGAAACCAACCCAUAUAAUGAAGCAAUUUGAACGCAAGAUAUACAAAAGGUAGUAGAUGAUAACUUAACUAAGUGGCCUAAUAAACUUAGUUUGACCAUUCUAUGACAAAAAAAAUAGUCAUAUAAUGCUUAUGGGUAUUUCCCAAUCCGGAAGAGCAACAAAACAAAUAUGUUUUAGCAUCAAAGAGUUAUGACAGUUUAGGAAAGUCCCAACAAGGGCUCCAUAUUAGAGGAAAACUUAAACCAUAAAAGCCACAUACGUAAAAUAAUAUAAUCUAGAAUAUUUGGCAAAGAAAAAAGUUAAAUCAAUACUAACUAUGUUUUCCAUUGCUUAAAAAUCAACAACCCAAGGAGUAAUGGCACGAGCCAACACAUGCAAGAAAGGGAUGCACUAAUCAUAGUCUUUUUCAAUAGAUUGUUAAGCAAAAGUACAAGAUAGUUUAAAAGUUCUAUUAUAUAUGUUCAUAUAUCAUCCUGAUUCUAUUUGCAUGUUUCCUUAUUUCCUUAAUUUAUUUAGUUUCCUUAGAUAGCUUGGUCAUAAUUCCUGAAUAUUUAUGUAUAGAAAUAACUUAGCAAAACACAAGAAAUCAUCUUUCCUUUCAUCUUAAUAGAUCUGAUCACUUCUUCACUAUAAAAAAAUUACUGUUUUGAAAAGAAAGGAAAUGAUUGAUUAUAUUAUUUAAGGAACAAGACAUUUUCCCAACAACACGACUAUGCUUCAGUCCACAAACUGAAAACAAUGAUAAAUAUUGGCCAAAAGAAUUCAAGGUUCAUCCCAUUUCCUAAUCUACCCAUCAUAACAAGUAGUUACUAUUUAUGUUGACAACAAAAACUGAAAACAAUAACUGAUCCUCCUCAAUUAGACAAAUAAAAAUUUGUUAGGAGUGGCAUCAAUUGUUCAAGGUGAAAUUAGGUGAGCCAAGUCACAAUAGGACCGUGAUGUUUGGGCUGAGAUUAAGUAGAAAGAGUUAUCCUUACUAUCAGUUAUAGCGUACUGGUAAGCACUCUCCAACAAAAUUGACAUUCACAUACUGUCAUAUGCUUUUCCAACAUAUUCUUAUAUCCAAACCUUCUACAACUAGCCAAUCUCAUUCUAACACUAACAUUCCAUCACAUAGUAUCGUACAAAGAUUUCAGUAGAAAGAGAGGAAUAAAAUAGAUGAAUCGAAUCCCUGAAAUUUUUCUCACUAGCCCUACUAUAAUUGUUUCUCUUUCUCUUUCUCUUAGCCAAACAAACCACGCCCCAAAAGCUAACCCUUCUGCCAGUUACCCGCGUAAAUCACACGCUUGAUUCUCCCAUUAAGAGAUAUAUUACUAGAAUUAAGACCCAUGGUAGUUAGAAGAAUCAUCUUCGUUCGAAGUAGAAAACCCAGAAAACUCAUCCACAAUAUCUGCAAUCCUCGUCGCGUUUUCCUCCUCUUCUCUCUCCACCCUCACUCCACCAACUUCCCCUUCUUCCUCAUCCUCCUCUUCCUUUACUUCUUCGUCCUCAUCUUCAUCAAAAGCAUUCAACUCCACGUAAGUCUCCUUCCCUCCCUCCCCUUUCGGCGCAAAAUCCCACAACAAAUCCCAUGUCGAACACCUGCAGCCCCUAGAUUGGCCUCGCCCUGCGAUAGUGGAAGCCCUGGUCAGGCCGCCACAACACUAUCGUCACACUGCCACAACAAUGUCGACACGCUGCCACAACAAUGUCGACACACCGCCACAACAACCACAUCAAGAAACACCUUCCAACAGCCCCCUCGCAACAAUGUAAUAUGUGAAUGACCAUCCUCCUCACCGGCAAUCUCCUCACGUUGACACAACGAUUGAAGAAAAGAGAGUUAGGGUUCUGAACAAGGGAGUAGAUGAAGUCUAUGAUACUUGGGGUAGAGGGAGAGAGGAAGACUUGGGGGAAGUUGUGCGAAAACAAUUUGGGAGAAUGGGUUAGGGAAAUCCCAAAUUCGCAUUUCUUUAGGUCAAAGGUGGUAAUCCUUCGAUAAAUUUACUACGUCAUUAUCUACUGUCAUAAUCCUUAUGUAAUCACCACCUCAACAUGCCCUUUGGUAAAUCCUUCGGUAAAUUGAUAUUAUUGACGGCGAAAAGGCCGUCGGCAUUUGACCUUCGGUAAUUAGCACAUUUCCUGUAGUAAUGUAUGAUCGAAUGAAGGCUGGACCGCGAAUACGAUUCAAAAAUCAAACGACUAGAAUUCCAUUUACCGGAGAUGGCAGAAGUAAACAAUGAGUAGUACAAUAAAUUGUACUGAUAUUUAAAUGUUUACCAUUUCAGAUGACUAUGUUCAAGUAGAAUAGCAAAUGUAAUUUUUACUUAAUGUUGAUGUACAUUGUUGGAAAUUGGUUGAAUGAGAUUUCUUUUAAGUUUUUUGGUUGUCCACAUUGAUUGAAGUUGGUACCGAGUUUAAUGGAAAAGAUUUAUUUACAAGUAAGUAUAUCUUGUUAUGCAAAACUAUACUAAGUCUCCAAUUAUUUGAACAUUAGUCCCUAAGGAGUAUUGGAGGUUUAUAUUUUAUUUUUGAAGGUCAUUUUGUGAUUUGGGUCUAUGUUUUGUUCAUGAUAGAGCAACCUGGUUGAAAUUAAUGGAUUAUGGACAUGAAUGUGGCCAUCAUUGCCUUAACAUGACUUGUAUGUCCAUUAUUUUUUAAAACAAGAAUUAUUUUUUCAUUAAAAAAUUGAUGUCAUGAGUUGUGUUGAUCUUGCUGUGCAAAACAUUAUAAUUAGCCUUAGGUCCCCUCUUAAUUUGCCUUUUGCCCCAAUCCAUUUUUGCUUGGUGAUGCACUAGUGCAAAAAAAUUUUUUUAUACCUGUUAAAAAAAGUUUUUCAUACUUGUUUUCGAGUAGGUAUAGAAGCAGGGGGUAUAAAACGUUUUUUUUUCACACCGGUUCUUGAACCAGUGUAAAAAGUUCAUCUUUUGACAUGGGUUCUGUCUAUAACAGAUACAAAAGUUGGUAUUCAUACCAACCAUUUUGGGAGUAGGUAUAAAAAAGCAUUAGGAAAAGAUUCAUUUUUAUAUCUGAUAGGUCCAUAACAGGUAUAAAAGAAUCUUACUUUUAUACAUACCGUUAUUAUAACAGGUAUGAAAAAUAAGACUUUUUAUUGUUGUUGUGCUUUAACAGGUAUAAAAGUGACAUUUUGUUUUUGAAUAUUUGAUUUGUAUGUGCUAUUAUCCAUAUUUAAACCGGUAUAAAAUUCAAUUCUAUAAUACAGUCUAAAUAAUUAAUAACUUGAAACGGUUAUACAUAGAAAUAGAAAAUUACAUUGUUUGUAAUCCAACUUAAAAAAUUAACAAUUACAUUGUCUAUAAUUCAAUAACUUGUCUUUCUAACAAUUAAUCACUUGGAGAAUUUGAUAAGCAAUUUAUUACCUAGACUCAGCUUCUUAAAGCGUGAAUCAUAUUCUUCUAGUAGAUCAAGCUCAAAUGUAGUCAUGUCAAUAGCUCGAACCAGGCUCUUAUCACCCACUUUUCCACUUCCAUUAGACCUUUAAAUUGGAGGUAGAAAUAGAAUUAUAAAAAAGCACCAACUGUUGAUUCUAUAUAUGCAAAAGGGUUAGAGUAAUAAAACAAAACAAUAGAACGUGGAUAGUAUCAAUAUCAAUAAACACCAAGAGAAAAGGGGAAGUAACAUUAUCAUAUUACUAAUCAACCAUAAAAAGAUUGGUUUAAAUCAUGAAAAGGAUUAUGAAUAGAUAUAGAGAAUAAAAAGUUAAUUAAUGAGAGUGGUCUCUAACCAGGAAA